GUGGGGUGGGGCAGGCGAAGCAAGCACCGCAGACAACCGCGAGCGCGCGGCGAGUGUCUGAUGGCGUCCGCAACGGUGCCGCCGCCGGCCCGGCUGGCGGUGGAGGAGGCCCGUAGCGGGGCCGCCGUGGCCGACGAGGAACCUGUUGGGCACCCACGCUUGGCGGCCGCUUUUGGGAUACCCCUACGCGCCCUGACGUGCUCGUGCGUCGCCGAGUGGGCGACACCGAUCAGGUAACAGCACCCGUUUCAGAGGAGACAGCCGACCAACGACGACAAGAUGGAGCGGACAGGGCCAUGCUGCUUUUUCUGGUGGUGUCCGCCAUCGCAGACCAUUCGCGUGGCCUGCGUUCUGCUUCUCCUCUGCGCCUCGUUCGAUGAAGGCGAAGCUCGCAGGCGGCGCAUCUUCGACGACUGCCCGGAGGAGAGUCGGCUGCCGGUGGGUGAGGCCGACCUCGUUAUCACUGCCACCGUGGAACGGCUUCUGCAGGACGGGGCGCAGGUCAGCGUGCGAGUGCAUCGUCUUCUGAAAGGUGGUCCCCGAGAGUUGGGAGGCUCCGUUCUGCUGGUGGAAGGUCUGGACAACGACGCCCUGUGCGGCACAAGGCUCACGAAGGGCGACACGCGCCUCUUUCUGCUGAAGGGCGGUGCCUCCGAGGGACGCACUAAGCUGCUGUCAUCCCCGUUGCGUGUCACGCUGCCCAACCUGGACAGGCUGCAAGCCGCCGUAAAAGGAGAAUCAUACCGGAGACGACUUUAUGAACGGGACCUGCCUUGCGAGGCCAAGUACUGUCCCUGGAACGGUGACUGCACCGAAGAUCGGCUGGGGGCGGCACGCUGUAGCUGCCCGACGUCGUGUGACUUGGAGUCGAAGCCCGUGUGUGCCACCGACGGGGUGACCUACGCCAACCGGUGCAAGAUGCGCGUCGAUUCGUGCCGGAAGCAGAAGAGGCUCUGGUCGCGCCACCAGGGCAACUGCCAUGCCACACCGCCAUACGGGUCGCCAUACUAGCCACCGAGUUUUGCGCAACUCCAUUUGUUGGCUCACAUUAGCACGACCAAUAGUCACACACGUUCGCGUUGUCCUCUCUAGCAUUCGAUCGACCUUGACUGAUUGGUUCUCCUCCGCGUUUUCCGUGAAGUUUAUUAAAGUGACGUUGCAAAAACUGGGUGUAGCUUACAGAGUUACCGACCACUAACCGUGGAACUGUAAAAUGUUGCCAGUAAACUGUGUUAGAUUAGAAAAGCAGACAGGGAUUAGGCAGGCACAGAAUAACGCUAUAUGCCGUUUUCGAAGUGUUCUGUUCUUUUUAUCUCUUGUACAUGGUACUGUCGACGCAGUAAUGGUGCAGGAAGCCCCUAGAAUUAUAUAACAAUUGUAGAACACCGGUCUUAGUGAAUAGCAGUUCUGUGCCAUCAGUAGCUCUGCUGUAUGCUCUGCUUCGUACGCAGUCCUCAUUUUUCUCACUAUUUCCUUUUUCUGCCUCCUGUUUUUCCUACUUUCAGUGCAAAGGGGCAAGCCUCUUUCCCUUCACAAGCAUCUUUCCCUUCCUUGUUUUCGCUUUCGCCUUGUCUGUGCCUAAAUUUCUCUAGUCGCCAAAGAAAGACAUUGCGUCAAGAAAAGGCAGGAGAAUCAGGCGCACAUUAGACAGCAUAGCUGUGCAGUUAACCAACUGUGCCAACAAAAUUCUUUAGACUUGAAAUAACCACAUCAAGCUUCAAAGUUACGAGAACGCCUCUUUAGAAUAUUGGAAUUCCCGAAGGAGAAAAAUCAUGCGUUGUCAUAUGGCAAAUGUUCGGCCCCCAGAUGUAUCUUGACUUACACCUCUCAGAGUUGGCUGCAGUCUCCUCCCGAUGACUCAUCUUCGUAUCCUUUUGGAACAAACACGCACGUGCUUCUUCAAUGUCAUUUAUAGCGGCCAAAUGUGUGUUCUAUGAUUACGGUGAAAUAAAGAGCCAUUGCGAGAA